CAGUGACUACCGUGCGGUACUGUAGCCUACUCAGCAAAAGCAAGCGGAUGGGAUAAGUCGAAAUAGCUUGCACUUCAGGUUUCCAAAACCCUCCUUCGAUACCGCCCAGUCUCUCGGAGAAAAAGUGAUUGUGUUUCGGGAAGACACAGGCUCUGACACAUGAAAGGAAAACGCAUACAGAUUCCAAUGUUGUAGUUGAAGACAGUUUAUCUUUUCCACGCACAGCCUGAUCUGCUAAAGGGAGUAUUUCAUAUCAGAUUUCACGUUCAGUUCUGACCAGCUGGGAGAGCAGAGAGAGGGAGAGAGGGGGCUUGUUUCUCUUCCCCUCCGACUCUGGGUCUUGGAACUCAGGAGCGCAGGAAAGCGAACCACGACGUGGAACCCUAAACCUGUGUAGGCAAGAUAAAACGUCCGUCAGAAUUUGUAAAGGAUUCUCUAUUGCGAGAUUGACACAGAGGUGAGAACAAAUAGAUCGUAAGAGAUGGACGAGCAGCCGCGGUUGAUGCACUCUCAUGCGGGAGUAGGGAUGGCAGGGCAUCCCGGCCUGUCUCAACACAUGGAAGGCACCGGAGGAACGGACGGUGAUGGGAGAAAACAGGACAUUGGAGACAUUUUACAGCAAAUAAUGACCAUCACAGAUCAAAGUCUGGACGAAGCUCAAGCUAGGAAACACGCCUUGAAUUGCCACAGGAUGAAGCCUGCUCUCUUCAACGUCUUGUGUGAAAUCAAAGAAAAGACAGUGCUGAGUAUCCGUGGCGCUCAGGAGGAGGAGCCACCAGAUGCCCAGCUCAUGCGAUUGGACAACAUGUUGCUGGCAGAGGGCGUGUCUGGACCUGAGAAAGGGGGCGGUUCUGCAGCGGCUGCGGCUGCAGCUGCAGCCUCAGGGGGCGGGGCAGGAGCGGAUAACUCAGCGGAACACUCGGACUACAGAGCCAAGCUCUCUCAGAUCAGACAGAUCUACCACACAGAGCUGGAGAAAUACGAACAGGCUUGUAACGAGUUCACCACCCAUGUGAUGAACCUGCUGAGGGAGCAGAGUCGCACUCGGCCCAUCUCUCCCAAGGAGAUCGAGCGCAUGGUGGGGAUCAUCCACCGCAAGUUCAGCUCCAUCCAGAUGCAGCUCAAACAGAGCACCUGCGAGGCCGUCAUGAUCCUGCGCUCCCGCUUCCUCGACGCCAGACGGAAAAGACGGAACUUCAACAAACAGGCGACAGAGAUCCUGAAUGAGUACUUCUACUCGCACCUGUCUAACCCCUACCCUAGUGAAGAGGCCAAGGAGGAGCUGGCCAAGAAGUGCUCCAUCACAGUUUCACAGGUUUCCAACUGGUUCGGAAAUAAAAGAAUCAGAUACAAGAAAAACAUUGGAAAGUUCCAGGAAGAAGCCAACAUGUACGCUGCCAAAACUGCUGUGAACGCGACCAACGUAUCCUCACACGGGAGCCAGGCUAACUCGCCCUCCACUCCAAAUUCUGCAGGUUCUGCUGGAUCUUUUAACAUGUCAAACUCCGGCGACUUGUUCAUGAGCGUGCAGUCUCUCAAUGGGGACUCGUACCAAGGGGCUCAGGUGGGAGCCAACGUGCAGUCACAGGUGGAUACCCUUCGCCAUGUUAUCAGUCAGACAGGCGGAUACAGUGAGGGCCUCACAGCCAGCCAGAUGUACAGUCCGCAGGGCAUCAAUGCAAACGGAGGCUGGCAGGAUGCUACCACCCCCUCAUCAGUGACAUCCCCCACAGAAGGACCCGGAAGUGUUCACUCGGACACGUCCAACUGAUCCCUCCACCCUUCUCCUCCACCACCGUCCAGACAGCCCCAACCUCCACCCUCGAUCAUCUAGCCAGCCCCCACCCCCCACCCCCCCCCCCCCAUCAGGACUGGAGGUGACACAUUAGACUCGUCACAAGGCAGGAGACCUCUCUCUACGGGUGGGGACUACAGAAUGAAACACCAUCACCACCACCAGACAGUUCUUUACAACCAACCAUGACACAGUCAGUCAGUCAGUAGCCUGAGUAGGGCUCUUUUCUUCCACCUAUCUACAGCCCCCUCACUGUCUGUUUGUACAGUUUUCUUCACCAUAUAUCCAUGUUGCCUCAUUGUGUGAUCAUCUGACUUAUAACACAGUAGGAAAACAGUUACAACACGUGUAUACAGUAUGGCCCGUAUCUUGUAGAUUGAAAUGCUUUUCACACUACCUCUAUUGAAAAUAACAAGAAAACAACAACGACAAAGGGACAUCUUCUAAAUAAGCUUUGUUUUUUGUUGUUGUAAUUACUGGUAUUGACAGUAGCUCUCAAUCUCCUCUUGUCCUGUCUCAAGGCUUGUUUUUAAGGACAGUUUUGCCUUUGUGACAAGUUUCACCCUAUAUAAUUACUUAAUACACAACAUAAAAUAAAUUCUAUUAAAAUUGUCCAGUGCCAAAGUUCAACACAGGAGAUGAAUUUGUAUAAUAUGAAUUGUGCUUGUAAAUAAAACAUCCCUCUGACAUUUCAUAUGACAAAUGGUUCAUUACUGUAUUUAAUUACAUUUCAUGUUAGUAGAGUAUCAACAGGGUGCUUUGAAAAGGAGAUUCAACCUUUCCUCCUCAUUCUAAGCAUUCCGUUUCAGAGCUUCUACAUUGGCCAAUAAGACAUUAAACAUUUUUACUGCAAGAAUGGUGGCCUAUGUUUUCUGCUCAUACUGAAUGCAGCAUAGCAUGAGUGAUGAACAAUGCACAAGCAAACAUUAUGAGAGUAACAGUAUGCUCCAGAAUAAAUGGAAGAGACUGUUUGGAAGGUCAGAAGGGAAUGGAUCGUGGUGAUUCUAGCUACUGGAAUUCUAAUAAAUUCACUGCUCUUGAAAUAUUGUUUAUAGUGUGCACUGCAUCCAGAGACCAUUGACCUGCAGAGUUUAAAAUCUACCCAGAACACUUAAUCAAUGAGUACAUUAGCAUCAAUUAUAAUAAGCCAAUAUGUCUUUAAGCACAGUGACUUACAGUGAUUACCCUGGGUAACACUUAUAUUUGUCAAAGAGAAGAAAACAGUACAGAGAACACACAUUAAUGAUAGUUGUACUCUAUUCUAUACAGUCUACAUAUACGGAACAUAUGGUGUGUAUACAUACUGUACACACACAUACACUACCAUUAUCACCAUCAAUGUACAUCAGUGUUAUCGUAAUAGCCAAAUACUGCUGGUAACCAAAAUCACUUGUUUAAGUGCAACAAAAAAAAGGCAUUUUCAAUGUAGAUUUUAAUUCUGAUUUUGUGGUAUAAUGUUGUAGUAAUUGAAGACACGACUACACAUGAUGAAAUAUCUCUCAAAAUUACUGUCUUUGUUUGGUGUUUUUGGUACUAGUUAGCUCUUUUAUUUCCUAUUUCUCAGUAGUAUAUUUCUGUCCAUUUAUUAUUGUCACCCGGUUUGAAUUUCUCCAUUCAACCUCAUCACUCAUAUCAUCCUGUUUUUACAUUUUGGUUAUCAAGGUUGGUCUCUAUUCACUCUUAUGUUUCAUUAUCCUCCUAGCAUAUGGCGCCAGUCUAAAUUACGCAAGUAAAAAAUACAAAAAUUGAAAUUAGAUUUAUAAAUUUUGUUGUAUUUGAUUUUAGCUACAGCAUUUAUUUACACACAAAUACAUAUUGCCUUCAUGGGCAUUUUAACAUAUCCACCAUACUAUUACGUAGAUACCAAAAAAAUAACUACAAAAGCUUCAGCUUUAUACAUUGGGAUCAGCUUGACCAACUCGACUUUGUUUGAUUUGUAAAAUUGUGUGUUAACUGAAGUACUCCUCGUGCAUCUCAUAGGAAUGUUCAGCUACUCUUUCUGUACUCGUUUUACUCAGAACACCAAAAUGCAGUCCGAACACAGUAGUGUUUGUUUAUAGAAAUUAAAUGGAAAAGAGUAACCCUGAUGACACACAGACAUAUGGGAUAUAUGUUCUCACGUUGUGAAUAAAUACAUUUGGCUACUGUUUUACUUUUCUUUCGCUUGGUUACAGGAGUUACAGUACGUUCUAUUUUCUUUUCUUGCUAGCAUAAUGUGAAUUAGCCCAAGAAUGCUCUAUGUAUGUAGAUGUGCACCUUUAUUCUUGUUUUUCAUUUUUUGGGGAAUUGGACAGUAUCCAUGUUCAAAACAAAGCACCUACAGUAAAUGUUUGACAGAGACAGACAGACAGACAGACAGACAGACAGACAGACAGACAGACAGACAGACAGACAGACAGACAGACAGACAGACAGACAGACAGACAGACAGACAGACAGACAGACAGACAGACAGACAGACAGACAGACAGACAGAAGGACACAGUUCCUUUCACAUUACGGAUAUAAUCCGCUCACUGGUUCACUUUGUACUUUCUAAAGCAUUGACGCAAAAGCAUUGCUUCUAGAAAUGGGUACUGUCUUGUUAAUGAAAGGUGAUGUGAAAGGUUUGUGUGAACACGAUCUCGUGACAGUGUUUUUAGCCCAACUAAAUCCAUGGUAAUAGAUAUACACAUUAUAUAGUAUUUCAAAUCAUAACCAACAUCUGUAUAGAUAACUACAGUACCACACAGCUGAAUCCACCAUAGACUGCAUAUCACAGAACUUAGCUCUUCCUUCACAAACUACAUUUUAUAUUUGAUGUACUUGUUGGAGACGUGGACGUGUACUAUGAUGAGUGAAGCAAAAUCUUGUUCUUUUUUUGAUAACUACAAAUGGCUUAAUUUGCUCCCACAAUCUGAUAGUCCAGUUGACGGACAACACAUAGGUACACUAUGAGUGGAGUAUGUUUGAGUGGUCUUUCGAUACAGAUUUUAGCCAUGUGGCAAGCAGAACAGUAGCUUUUGUGAUGCGUUGCCUGUAAAAUAAGUAAAAGUUACUCUACUUUUCACAUGGCCUUUCCAGUAUCAUCAUUAUUAUUGAAAGCUUCAUGUAAUGAGGCUUUUAGUUUUGGGAUAUAAAAGGGAGAGAAAAAAUAACUAUAAAAAAGAAAGAAGAAACUGAACAAUUUGUAAAACAUCAAAAUGUUUUCUUUGUGGCAUGUCUUUUGUUCUUUAAUAAAAUACCGUACUGCAGUGUUUUUGAAUGUUACUUAUUUUUUAUAAAGAUUUCAGAGUGAAAUCAUGGAUCCUUUUCUUGACAGGUUUGACAUUUUAAGAUCUCUCUGCAUAUGUAAAAAAAAAAAAGAAAAAAAAAAAGUAUAACAUUGGAAACUGCAAAACUACUCCGAUUUAAAACCUGUUUUCUGUGGAGAAAUAAAUAGCUAACAAGGUGUAGGUUUGAUGGUCUCUUUCUUUGUACUGUUAAUGCAUAUUCCAAAUAAAUUGUUUCUUUUGUUGCA